GACUUUCGUACCAAAAUGCAGCUGCUUGGCUUGGGAGUUCUGGUGGGGCUGCUCCACCAGCUGGCAGUUGGCGUGCUGGGCGCCAAGAUUUUGGCUGUGUUUCCAUUUCCCGGCAAAUCGCAGUACAUAUUCGCCGAGCAGUACCUCAGGGAGCUGGCUAGAAGGGAUCACAAUGUUACGGUUAUCAACACCUUCGGCAGCAGCGAAGAGUCGUCCGCUGUCAGAAUAAUUGGUGCGACUAAAAUACAUGAACUAAUGGCUGCUUUCGGCAGUGCGGACUACAAUCAGCAGGCCAGCCAGUGGACAAUGCUGACGAUGACCACGGAGUUCCUGAAUAUGCUUACGACCUGCGUGCUGGAGGAUGAGAAAGUGAAGCAGUUGCUCCAAAGCGACGAGACUUUCGAUUUGGUAUUGCUUGAAACUGUGCAGAACGAGGCAUUGUUUGGGCUGGCGCAGCACUUCAAAGCACUGACUAUGGGCAUCUCCUCAUACGGCACAGAUCGGCACAUUGACGAGCUUAUGGGCAAUAUAUCGCCUUUGUCCUUUAAUCCCAUGCUGCUAUCCUCACGCACUGAGCAUAUGAGCUACGAGCAACGGCUGUGGAACGUGUGGGAGGCCAGCCUUAGCUGGCUGCACAGGCGUGUGGUUCAUUUACCCAGCCAAGAGCGGCUGUAUAAGCAAUACUUUCCCAAGGCCAGCCAGACGCUGGAGCAGGUGCUAGACAGCUUUUCGCUAAUGCUGCUUGGUCAGCACUUUACGCUCAGCUAUCCGCGUCCGUAUCUACCAAAUAUGAUUGAGGUGGGCGGCCUACAUCUGCAGCACUCGAGAGAACCCCAGCCGCUGCCCGUAGACGUGGCCAAGUUUGUGGCAGAAGCUCAGCAUGGUGUUAUUUAUUUCUCAAUGGGUUCAAAUAUCAAGAGCGCCGAUUUGCCCACGGCACGGCUCCAGGUGCUGAUGCAGGUUUUUGGCAGGCUCAAGCAGCGCGUUCUAUGGAAGUUUGAGCAGCAACAGUUAACGGAUCAGCCCGCCAAUGUACUUAUUAGCAAAUGGUUUCCACAGCCAGAUAUACUAGCGCAUCCCAAUGUGAAACUCUUCAUCACACACGGCGGGCUGCUGAGCACCAUUGAGAGCAUCUAUUUUGGCAAGCCUGUGCUGGGUCUGCCUGUGUUCUACGACCAACACUUGAAUGUGCAGCGCGCCAAGCAGGCGGGCUUUGGAUUGACCCUGAAUUUGUGGACCAUGACGGCAGCAGAACUGCACGAUGUGAUUGUGGAGCUGCUCAGCAAUGAGAGCUACACGCAGGCAGCACAGCUUAAAUCGAAGCUAUAUGGCGAUCAGAAGGACACGCCGCUGGACCGCGCCAUCUGGUGGACGGAGUAUGUACUGCGUCAUAACGGCGCACCGCAUCUGCGUUCAGCAUCGCGAGACCUAAACUUGGCUCAGCUUCAUGGCUUGGAUACUUGGGGCUUGCUAUGCGCUGUUGCUUCACUAAUUGGUUUGCUGUUGUUGCUAGUCCUCGCGACACUCUUGCGAGUUGUUCGCAAUAUUUUUGGUAAACGUUGCAUCAAGACAGGGUCUGAAAAGAAGACUCAGUAG